AUGGCGUUAGACACGACGAGCGUGUUGAUACAGGAAGACUCGUUGGCGAAAGAGACCCUGCGAACUCUGAACCAGAUGCGUGGCGAACGGGAGCUGUGCGAUAUCAUACUGCUUGUAAAUGGCACAGAAAUUGCCACACAUCGCGCGAUUUUAGCCGCUUGUUCUCCGUAUUUCCGAGCGAUGUUUCUCUCUGGGUUUAUCGAAGCCUUACAGCCACGAGUCGUGCUGAAAGACAUCGAUACGAUUGCAUUAAUGAAGAUUAUCGACUUCUUUUACACGUCCGAACUACACAUCCAUAUCACCGAAGUCGAAGCCGUCUUAAAUAUCGCUUGUUUGCUACAUUUGGACUAUAUCAUUGAAGAAUGCGAGAAAUUAUUGCGUCGUAACAUAACGGCUGGGAACUGUUUGGGGUUGAAGACGGUCGCUCAGAGAUACUCGCUGAAUUUCCUGUAUAAGCAAGCAUGGCGGUUUAGCCUGUGGCAUUUUGGAAGCGUGGUGAAGGAGGAGGAAUUCCUCAGAUUGCCUCCCGAUGAACUAGAGUUACUAGUCAGUGAUGAUCUCUUGAAAGUGAAGGAUGAAUGUGAAGUUGUGAAUGCGGUUUGGCAAUGGUUGAAAUACGACUUCGCCAACCGGUGUACCGUGGUUACCGAAAUCCUGCAACACAUUCGAUUCCCCCUAAUGAACAUUGCCGACAUAAUGCAUAAUGUCCACGUCAAGGAGUUCUGCCAAAAUUACACCCUCUGCCGACAGCUGGUUAGGGAAGCUAUCCGGUACAACUCCACUCCCAGACGGCCGGUCCACGAUGCAAACCCGCGCCUAAAGCCUCGGAUGGCCUCGGAGGAUAUUUACGUGAUCGGUGGAUGGUCUAACGGGCAAAAGAUGAGCACGGUUCGAUGUUUUAACGUGAACACGUUACAGUGGACUUGUAUGGCUGGGAUGACCAUAGCAACCGUCGCUAAGGAGGAUUAUUUCCGAGUUGUGGUCGUUGAUGACGAGCUGUUCACGGUGAGUCGUAACAAAGUCGGGAAGUUCGAUCCGAUUUUGAAUUGUUGGAUAACGAUCGCAAACGGCCCAGAUGUUCAAUGUAAAUGGGCAGGCGUAUGCCAUUUGAAUGGCUUGAUUUAUGUCAUUGGAGGGCAUAGUAGCAUGUGUUCAAAGUCAUUCGACCCCGAGGCAUGUAAAUGGACAGAUUUACCAUCUAUGAAGUGUGCUCGGUAUUACCCAGGCGUUGCCGUGUUGGGCGGGAAGAUUUACGCAGUCGGCGGACUGGAUCACCUUUGGUCACCGUUGAAGGCGGCAGAAAAGUACGACCCUCAAACCAACCAAUGGCAGCUCAUCUCGAGUAUGGGUGUCCCUCGAUGGAGCCUGGGCGUUGCUGUCGUUAACAACCUUCUCUACGCGAUCGGUGGAUCUGACUCGAAGGAAUUGUGGGCGAAUUCUGUCGAGGUAUACGAUCCGUUACGCAACCUGUGGAUUCAAAAUGUGACGCCGAUGAACGAAGGGCGGCGAUGCUUGGGAGUCGCAGUUGUGAACAACAACAUCUAUGUUGUUGGCGGACGUGUUGUCAACACUAUCGAGUUUUAUGAUCGGAAGAAGAAUCAAUGGAAGAUUGUUGGGUCUGUGAACUCUCAAUGUAACUUCGGUUGUGUUGCACUGCGGCCAAUCUAG